AGAUACUAAUUUUGUCUUGGGUAAUGCCCAGAUAGUGGAUUGGCCCAUUGUCUACAGCAACGAUGGAUUUUGCAAGCUAUCAGGAUAUCACAGAGCAGAAGUUAUGCAAAAAAGCAGCACCUGCAGUUUUAUGUACGGAGAGCUGACAGAUAAAGAUACAAUUGACAAAGUCCGGCAAACAUUUGAGAACUAUGAGAUGAACUCCUUUGAAAUUUUGAUGUACAAGAAGAACAGAACACCUGUCUGGUUCUUUGUGAAAAUUGCUCCAAUUCGAAAUGAGCAGGAUAAAGUGGUUUUAUUUCUUUGCACUUUCAAUGACAUAACGGCUUUCAAGCAGCCGAUUGAGGAUGAUUCAUGUAAAGGUUGGGGAAAGUUUGCUCGCUUGACCCGUGCCCUCACAAGCAGCCGAGGUGUACUUCAACAGCUUGCUCCAAGUGUGCAGAAAGGAGAGAACGUCCACAAGCAUUCACGACUUGCUGAGGUAUUACAGCUGGGCUCUGAAAUCCUCCCGCAGUACAAACAAGAGGCACCAAAGACUCCGCCACAUAUAAUUUUGCAUUAUUGUGUUUUCAAGACUACCUGGGACUGGAUCAUCUUGAUUUUAACCUUCUACACUGCUAUUUUGGUCCCUUACAAUGUCUCCUUUAAAACCAAACAGAACAAUGUGGCAUGGUUAGUAGUUGACAGCAUUGUAGAUGUCAUUUUUUUGGUAGACAUUGUGCUUAAUUUCCAUACCACCUUUGUGGGGCCAGCAGGAGAGGUGAUCUCUGACCCAAAGCUGAUUCGCAUGAAUUACUUGAAGACCUGGUUUGUGAUCGAUCUGCUCUCAUGCUUGCCAUAUGAUGUCAUCAAUGCAUUUGAGAACGUCGAUGAGGGCAUCAGCAGCCUCUUCAGUUCACUUAAAGUGGUCAGGCUACUUCGGCUGGGUCGCGUAGCUCGGAAGUUGGACCACUACAUUGAGUACGGAGCAGCAGUCUUGGUUCUGCUGGUUUGUGUGUUUGGUCUUGCAGCACACUGGUUGGCCUGCAUUUGGUUCAGCAUAGGAGACUAUGAAGUUAUCGAUGAGGAUACAAACACAAUCCGAACUGAGAGCUGGCUCUAUCAGCUGGGGAUGUCAAUAGGAACACCUUACCGCUUUAACGCCUCAGGCUUUGGAAAAUGGGAAGGUGGACCAAGCAAAGAUUCAGUCUACAUCUCCUCAUUGUAUUUUACGAUGACCAGCCUCACCAGUGUUGGUUUUGGGAACAUCGCUCCAACUACAGAUGGGGAGAAGAUCUUUGCUGUUGCUAUGAUGAUGAUUGGCUCCCUUCUGUAUGCAACCAUUUUUGGUAAUGUGACAACCAUAUUUCAGCAAAUGUAUGCUAAUACAAACAGAUAUCAUGAAAUGCUGAACAGUGUCCGGGACUUUCUAAAGCUCUAUCAGGUCCCUAAAGGACUGAGUGAACGUGUGAUGGAUUACAUCGUUUCCACCUGGUCAAUGUCCAGAGGAAUAGAUACUGAAAAGGUUUUGCAGAUAUGCCCUAAGGACAUGAGAGCAGAUAUCUGCGUGCAUCUGAACCGCAAAGUUUUCAAGGAACACCCAGCCUUCAGGCUGGCGAGCGAUGGGUGCCUUCGAGCACUUGCCAUGGAAUUCCAGACAGUGCACUGUGCCCCGGGAGACCUGAUCUACCACGCUGGUGAGAGUGUCGACAGCCUUUGCUUUGUGGUUUCAGGAUCUUUGGAAGUAAUCCAGGAUGAUGAAGUUGUUGCUAUAUUGGGCAAAGGAGACGUUUUUGGUGAUGUGUUCUGGAAGGAGUCUACCCUUGCCCAGUCCUGUGCUAAUGUAAGGGCUUUGACUUACUGUGAUCUUCAUGUGAUUAAGAGAGAUGCCUUGCAGAAAGUGCUGGAGUUCUAUACAGCCUUUUCACACUCCUUCUCCAGAAAUCUCAUUUUGACUUACAACUUGAGAAAAAGGAUUGUGUUCCGGAAAAUCAGUGAUGUCAAGCGCGAAGAAGAGGAGAGAAUGAAGAGGAAGAACGAAGCACCUCUGAUCCUACCCCCGGACCACCCGGUCCGCCGGCUGUUCCAGAGGUUCAGGCAGCAGAAGGAAGCGCGGCUUGCAGCAGAGAGGGGCAGAGAUCCGGAUGACCUGGACGUGGAGAAGGGCAACAUUUUAGGGGAACACUCCUCCACCCGCUCAGUGGUCAAAGCCAGCGUUGUGACUGUACGGGAGAGUCCUGCAACCCCUGUGUCGUACCAGUCCGCUUCAACAUCUGGGGCAUCUGACCAGGCCAAGCUGCAGGCCCCAACAUCAGACUACACAGGGUGUAAAGUGUCAGGGGACUACCCCCGACGAAAAGGCUGGGCCAAAUUCAAGGAUGCCUGUGGGAAAGGUGAAGACUGGAACAAGGUCUCUAAAGCAGAGUCCAUGGAGACUUUACCAGAGAGAACUAAAACUUCAGGAGAAGCUACCCUGAAGAAGACAGACUCUUGUGAUAGUGGCAUUACGAAAAGUGACUUGCGCUUGGAUAAUGUUGGGGAGACAAGAAGCCCGCAGGACCGCAGCCCGGUCCUCACCGAGGUCAAGCAUUCCUUUUAUCCCAUCCCAGAACAGACUCUUCAGGCCACCAUGCUAGAAGUGAAACAUGAGUUGAAAGAGGACAUCAAGGCUUUAAACACAAAAAUGACCAAUAUAGAAAAGCAGCUCGCUGAGAUACUUAGGAUAUUAACCUCAAGAAGAAGCUCCCAGUCACCACAGGAAUUGUUUGAAAUAUCAAGGCCCCAGUCUCCAGAAUCAGAAAAAGACAUGUUUGGAGCUAGCUGAGGUGUUUCUUUUUAAAAACAAACAAUCUAACAAGCAAAGAAACAGCCCCCCCCCCCAUUUUAAAUUUAAUCUUUCUUGAAAACGAGUGAGGGACCAGUUCACUAAGCAUGUUCCCUAUGUCUAAAAAGGUACGGUAACAGGAAUUGCAACCUCAUGUCAAGAUGGCAGCUGACUCUGAAGCCUUUUUGACAGCAAGGUGCUGCCCUGAAUCCCAGCGAACACCCUGUUUAACAGCUUCGAAGGUGAUGUUCUGUUUCUACACUUCACUUUAAUGAACCCAACAAGAUAUUUACUGUGAAUAUCUGGUGAUAUAUCUUUUCAAUCACUCUUGACCAGUCUGUGAAAGAAUUUAAUACAUAAUUUGUCUUUACUAUAUAAACAAUGUGUAUGAUUACACUUGUGCAGAUGCGUGUACAUACACACAUAUAUAUAAUAUCUAUGUAUAGAUAAGUCUGUGGAUUGCAUUUCUGUUAAAUAAAAGCACAUUCCUUAUUUAAUGAUUCCAGUUCAAGAAGGGAGCUUAAAUCUUCCCAGUAGACAUCCACCGAAUGUCCUAGUUAGUAUCUUGUUUGUUAACUGUUGAACUUUUAAGGCCAUGACUUUUGGUUUCUCUAGUUGGCCUCAACUUUAUACUGUUAGUCUGGCAAACACUGCGACUGAGAGAAGUUCUGACAAGUGUUGUGAUAGUCAGAAAACAGAAAUACAUGUGAAAUUGGAAAAAUGCUGUAUCAUAGUCGGUGGAAAUAAGGCUCAUACACCACUGUUUGUUGUCACAGUAUCUCUGAAGCUAAACUGCCCUGGUAGUGCUUCUUGUGGCUUCUCCUGCAACAGAGAUAGUAGAAUAAAUGGAUUUCUUUUUCCUGGUACCAGGCGCUGUCUCAAAGGUGCUGAGCCUAAUCCUCCUUCUCACGGGCAGUGUAACAGAUGGUCGCUGCACCUCUGCUUUCUUGUCCUGGUGUUAGGUGGUGAAAAGCAUCUUCUGCUGAAUUCUUCAUUUCCACGUAGUCUUCUGUGGGUGUAUCGGCAAUAAACAAAGUCUGUGUUUCAGCUGCACUUCUGAUUCAUUAAGACAAACCUUUUAGAGAGAGUCCUGUGCACAGGGAAGCUCCAGAAAUCUGAGGUGAGGCACAGUAGGUUACUGUAUCCUCCAAUCUGACAUAGUUUUGACCACACUGUUGUGGCAAGCAUUGAUUCAAUUAAAUAAAAAUAAAGCUUUUUGCAAUAAGAUAUAUCCAACAUUUAGCCUUAAGACCCUUUCAUAAGUGUUAUAAUUCAAACUGUGAUUCCAUUCUCCUUCCUUCUUAAUGUUCUGUAGUAUUUACAGUGUUGCCUAAAGAUGAAGCACUUUGAUUAGCUUUCUAAAUCUAAUGGAAAUCACUUGCUGAUAAUCACAUUUCUUUCUGCACUUAUUGCCUUCUUAUUAGGAUAAUGAAUUACUCCAAUAGCCCUCUCCCCUCACAAAACAAAGAGACAUAACUAUUGUCUAAACACUUUUGUAUAUCAGGGAGCCAAACCAUCAUAUUUGCAAAAGUGUUUGUUUCAAGGAUUUUUUAUUUUUUUUUACAGUUUGACAAAGCUAAUGUGAAUAUACCUGCAACUGUAAUUUGUUUCAAGCUGAUUGUUGAGUGUUGUGUAAACAUAUUUGAUGUGUAGUCCCAAAACAUCUCUGUAACUGGAUCUAAAUGCCUAACAUUAACAAAACAGUUCUGGGUUUUCACUAACUGUUCUGAAAGGCUCAUGUUUUUUUUCUUCUUCCCACUGAAUCUGUGACCACUAACAUAGAAGAAGAAUCAUUUUAGCUGUAGAUGAAAGAAGUUCAAUAAUCUUGUAUCAGGAUGAACUGCUAUAUAAAGAAAUACCAAGUUUUCUAAUGAAUGUGUUAUAUUAUUGUACCUACAUACAAUCAAUAUUUGUACAUCUGUUGGAGACCUGUCUGCAUUUCAAUAUUUAGCCCCACUGCAUGGACACUUUAUUGAUAUGCAGUUAACGCAGUUGCUUUGGCGCUUUUCAAUGUACUUCACUUGUUUUUAUCCUUUCAGAAAUCCACCAAAUACUCUUGGUUCUUUUUCUUUGCAUUUGUCACUUUGUUCAAUGAAGCAUGACUAGAAAAAGAGAAUGAGUAGAUACUAUUUUUGUGGUCAGCAAAGCAGCUGCCAGUUGAUAGAGUGUGUACGUACGUAUGUAUACGCACUGUCUGGGAAUGUUUCAGUUACAAAUGCAGCCACCUACAUUAAUGAUAUCCCUAUUCAACAUUUUUAAACAAGCACAAAUAAUAUUUGUAAAAAAAAAGUUUAAUUUUAUUUAUUAUAGUAAUAAACUAUUUUAUACAU